CUUUGGGAUAAUCUUCUAAAAAAAUAUUAAUUUUAAACUGGUCCAUUUUUUUGAAUUAAACAAAACUCUUUCUCCUCUUUCAAUAAUUAAUUAAAUCAGACCCUACUCCCUAGGCUCUCCACCGACUCACAUAAACGGAUCCAGAUUCUACGAAAAAACACAAUCAGAUGGUUUCCAAUUCCAACUCCAACUCCGAUCAUCCAGCUUCAAGGAUCAAAAGCAAUGAAAGAGUGUUGAAAGACAUAGCCAAAAUCUUAUACAAAUUGAUUGCCGUUUUAGCUGUUUUGUUAGCAUUGAAUUACACAGAAACUGCAAACAAGUUUUCCAAACAACAAUACACCAUCUAUUUCAUCUCCUCCAUUAUCGUUGUUGUCAUAUUUAUCAAUCGACGAUGGAAAAAUAAAAACAAAAACGACAAUUUAAAUGGCAACACAUUGGAAUCGGAGAUGGAAAAACUCUUCAAGAAAUUGGACACAGACGGUGAUGGCAAGAUAUCGAUCUCAGAUCUGAGAUCGAUAACAGGAAAGUUAGAAAUAGGAGAUGACGUUGAUGGCAUUGAUGGAGGAUCUAUCACGCUUCAAGAGUUUAUUGAGCUAAGCACAACAAGCUAUGAAUCUGAAGAGGAAAUAGAAAACCUAAAGAGCACGUUUUCUGUGUAUGACAUUGAUGGCGAUGGUUUCAUCACGGCGAAGGAGCUUAACACGCUUAUGAGAAGCAUUGGUCAAGAGUGUUCCUUGGAUGAAUGUGAAAGAAUUAUUGGUCGCGUUGAUAGUGAUGGUGAUGGUAGGAUUGAUUUUGAGGAUUUUAGAAUCAUGAUGAUGAUGGGUUCUCGCCAUAAUAGAGUCGAACAUCAAACUUGACAUUUCUUUCUUUGUAUUCACAAUUUUCACUAGAUCAAAUUCAUUCUACAAUUGUGUUGUUUUUUGUUUUGUAAUUUUGUUGGAAUCACAAUUGUGUUAUGUUCUUGUUGUUCAUGAUAUGGUAUGUAUAAGACCGGUCAAAGUUUCAUA